CAGAGCAUAGGAAAUAUCACUGUGCACACUUACCAACCAAUGGACCGCCUUCUCGUUCUCUUCGCUGUUCUCUUCAGCUUGGUCAUUUUAUCCUCCGCCGUCGACGAGGUCAACGGCGUUGACGAUGAUCUUCUGAUCCGCCAGGUGGUACCGGACGGCGAGGAUCCUUUGCUCCACGCGGAGCGCCAUUUCUCGACCUUCAAGGCCAAGUUCGGGAAGAGCUAUGGGAGUCAAGAGGAGCACGACUACAGGUUCGGCGUGUUCCAGGCCAACCUGCGCCGAGCCAAGGUUCACCAGAAGCUGGACCCCAGCGCAGUCCACGGUGUCACCAAGUUCUCCGAUCUCACUCCGGCAGAAUUCCGGCAACAGUUCCUCGGCCUGAAGAACGUUCGGCUACCGUCUGACGCCCAAAAGGCUCCGAUACUCCCCACCAACGAUCUCCCCGCCGACUUUGACUGGCGCGAUCACGGCGCUGUGACGGGCGUUAAAGACCAGGGUUCUUGUGGAUCGUGCUGGUCGUUUAGUGCAACGGGGGCACUGGAAGGAGCGCAUUAUUUGGAGACUGGGGAGCUCGUGAGCCUAAGCGAACAACAGCUUGUGGAUUGUGACCAUGAGUGUGAUCCCGAAGAAUAUGGUGCUUGUGACGCGGGCUGUAGUGGUGGGCUGAUGACCUCUGCCUUCGAGUACACCCUCAAGGCUGGUGGACUAGAGAGAGAGAAGGACUAUCCUUACACUGGGACUGAUCGUGGCACCUGCAAAUUUGACCGGAGCAAGAUUGCUGCUUCUGUGUCCAACUUCAGUGUCGUUUCUAUUGAUGAAGAUCAAAUUGCCGCAAAUUUGGUGAAGAAUGGCCCUCUUGCAAUUGGCAUCAAUGCAGUUUUCAUGCAGACAUACAUGAAAGGAGUUUCAUGCCCAUAUAUCUGCGCGAGGCAUCUGGAUCAUGGGGUGCUUUUGGUGGGGUUCGGGUCUGCCGGUUAUGCACCGAUCCGGUUUAAGGAGAAGCCUUACUGGAUCAUAAAGAACUCUUGGGGAGAAAACUGGGGAGAAAAUGGAUAUUACAAGAUCUGCAGGGGUCGUAAUGUAUGUGGCGUGGAUUCCAUGGUCUCAACUGUAGCUGCUAUACAUACCACCGCUCAGUAAUAAUAUUAUUGUGUUUGGCAAGUGGAGCCCUUGUAAAUAAUAUAUAUGGAGUUCUAGACUUUUAUCAGCUCUUGAUGCUCCCAUGAACUUUGCUUAGACACAAAGUUGGCUUGCUCUUGCUGAUUCUUUGCAAGUUUAUAGCAUAAUUUAUGUUAUAUAUGUAUGCUUAUUGAAAGGAAGCUCCCCUGGCUCAAUUCUUUAGUGAAUGCUAUGGUGGGGAUGUUAGUUUUAAAUGUUGACUUUGAUGUGAAGCAGUGGGUUUGUUAAUUUGGGUUGUAAUGAAAAAGAAUGAGUUUAUGUA